AUCGUGCAGCUUCAUCUAUCUCUUACUUGUAAUCGAUCACCGAUGGAAUGUAUCAAUCAAUUAAUCAUGACUGGUUUAAAAUGAAGGCCUGGCAGUGCAAGAUUUACAAAGUUUUUCAAAAAUAUGUAAUUUUUGGUGUUGGACGUUCUGCUCAACGCGUACAAUCAAUUAUUCGGUCCUUGGUUCAUAGAAUCAUAUGAAUAUUUUAUGAGGCUGACUCUUCCUUUGUAUGUGUUUGAAUCCUGAACCGGAGAACAAAGCAUGGCACUCUGCCCAUGUAGUCAUUCAAGAUCAACCACGUAAUAAUUACGGAAACGGUCACCUGAUUACCUGAACGGUAUUCGCUCAAACGCGUGUUUACGCUGUUCAUCCGAAUAUGACACCGGCUCAAUGGCGAUAUGUAAAUGGAUAUGUGAGGUAAUUUUUGAUAAAUUUGCUUGUGGCCGGGCUGUGCCACACACCACGUUCCUUCUCAGGCAUACUUACAGCACAAGAAUAGUUGUUGGUUCAACAAGUAGCAAACACUGCGUGAUGUGAAAGAUAGAAAGGCAUGAUGUGAAAAAGCAAAGGAAGCGUAGUGCACGAACCAUACACGCUGUGCAGUUCUCCACAACUAGUACUAUAAACGCAGAAUGUACGGAAUGCAAGGCUGUUCCAAUGAGCGCGCUGUAAAGUCUAAAAUAUAACAAAAAUGCGUACAAAUAAAAGUACGGCACAGCUUCAGCCAUGUGCUGCUUAGCUGAUGAACAUUUAUGGACCCAUUCAUAUUCAGGAAACGUAUAAAAAACGCACCUUUAACACCGAAAUUAAAAAGGCACCCUUCAAAUGUCCGAUACCACCGAGAAAUCCUUCGAUUGUCGCUUUUUCGAAAAGAAAUAUCCUGAUGUAGGCGAGCUAGUAAUAGGCAAGAACACGCGCAUAACAGAUCUUGGCGUGUACGUAAAGCUCUUGGAGUACAACAACAUAGAAGGAUUGAUAGUGGUGGGCGAGUUAUCCAAAAAAAGAAUAAAAAAUGUACAAAAAAUGAUUAAACUGGGAAAGAUAGAAGUGUGCAGUGUGCUACGCGUGGACCAUGAAAAAGGCUACAUCGAUCUGUCGAGAAAGAAAGUAUUGGCAAGCGAUUUCGAUGAGUGCUACAAGCGGUAUUGUCAGAAUAAGAUCGGGCAUAACAUAAUGGUAAGUGCCGCUAAGAAGAUGGACAUUGGUGUUAUGGAGCUGUACGAGUCUUUUGGAUGGGAGAAGGCAAGAGAAUAUGGCAGCUUGUACGGUUAUUUUGGACUGUUGAUGAGUGCCCUGAGCCGGAAGAGCGAUGAGAAGAAAGAAGCCGUGGCGGGCGUGAGCGCACAGGAUGUGAGCAGUGCUGCCGAUAAGGUAGGCGAAGCGAGCAAGAAUAGCAUGACCAGGAAUCCGGUCACGUACGAGGACCUUGUGAAGAACAUCAAUCCAUCAAUGAUCGAUGUUUUGGUGGAGCAGACCAAGUUGAAGUACAACGUUCAAAAGGUGAAGAUACGCGCAGAUAUCGACGUAACGUGCCCGGCAAAAGGUGGAAUAGAGGCAAUAAAGGACGCGCUGCGCAGCGUAAAAUCAGUGCACGACAGGAUCGAAGUGUCACUGAUACGCCCGCCAACCUACGCCAUAACGCUGCUCUUACACGAUAGGGAAGAGGGCGUACGGCUCGUCAAGGAUGGGUGUGAGCGAAUUAAAAACAGGAUUGAAGAACUCGAUGGCACGUACGCGGUAGUCAACAAGGUCAAAGUGUACGGUUUUAAGGAAAAGAAAGACCUUAAUCGCAGGUUUGGAGAGGCAAUAGAUGUGGAGAGCGACGAGGAGUGAUCAAUAAACGGUGUUCUAAUGAACGAAGCGUUCAUGUAUAGCCUGU